GAAUGUUCCAGUGGUGAGUUCAUGAAAAGCGCAGCCACUGCCGUAUGUGAAAAUGCACUGGAUUCUAUUCUUAUCGUUAUCGUAUUUCGCCUUGCUUGACUCUUUCAAGGUUUCUAACAGUGCAUCGAUGAGUCGGUGGCUGCAGGUUCAAGUUUUGCUUCUCUUUUUUUUCUUCUACCCGGGGGGUUUCAACCCCCCCCCCACGGAUUAUGAAAAAAAAAAUUGCAAAACAAUUACCAGUGAGUGUCAGAUUGCGCGACAGACAGACAGACAGAGCAUGUUGGAAGCCAACUUCAGUAGUGAAGACUGGGAUGAGCGCGGCGUGUUUGGUGCAACGCCCUUUUGGAUCUGCGUGCAGUUUCCCGCCGGGCCAGCCACUCAGGGGCGACUUGUUAGGGGGAUGGGCCAGUAGCCCCACGGGCCGCGUGUCCCAUCAGGUUGAUCAUCCUGCCCUGUUGAUGUGGAAUUACAGUGUAAGUAAUGCUGAAAAUAUGAAAAUGUGCAAAGGUGAAACUAGUCUCAGUGCCCGUCAGCAACAUUUCAUCUAACCCAUCAAUUCCUCACUGUCGAUAGGCCAGUCAUAAUACACUCAGCACUAACCACUACCACCAUUCCAUGGUGCCCGUUAUUGCGUAGGGACUGGGGGAUCAUUUCAAUAUAUCCUCUUCAAUCUGCUACCGCUCGGUCUUCCGUCACAUACACGCACGCUCCGAGUGUGAUUUACUCAGCAGAAUGGUACUCGAGUAACUUGUAUCUAAAAAGAACCACACCCAAGGGACAAGAAAAGUGG